UGGUGAAAGACGCGGUGCAGAUGGAGUAAGAUUGGAAGAGGUCAUAGUGAGCAGCGGAGCGAUUGGGUGCGAACGGAGAAUGGCCGAAUGGAGGCACUAAAGCAAGUGCAGACUAAGGAAGGAGGGGAGCGAGUUUCCCGGGCAAUCUUGGUCGCACGCUACCCGGAGGCAGAAACGAAACGUGGUGUCGGCGAACAGGAGAGGAGUGGAAACGAGGUAAGAGAAAAGACGGAGCAGCAACAUAAAGGCAAUCAGCGAGCCGGGGAAGUAGAAAGGGCGGGAGAAAAGGGGUGGAAGAGAGGAGGAAAGCGGAAAGGAAAAUGCCCAAAGUGGGGAAGUUUCUGCCUCCUCGGGAUCGCCUUCCAUUGGGCGGAACCGGCGGACAGGAGUGUGGAGGACGAGAUCCCGGACGACAAGGUGGAAUUGCUGCUCAUCCAAGGGUGGAGAACAGACACAGAGGGAGAUUUUUUGGGGAUCGUAUUUGGAGAAGUGCGCAACGACCAUCUAGGCUCUAUUACGGAUGAGCUGCUGGUGUUUCUAACCCAAGUGCUGGACAAUCGACCAUUGGAGAUCCUAUCGCAUUGCGACGAGAGACCAGGGACAGCCAUGCUCACUCGGACCCUCGAACCGCAUCUUCUUUGGUCCACCUGUAUGGAAGUGGAGGAGGGGAGCUAUUACGUACCCUCACCGGGUGUGUAUCUACACGUCGACGUCACCGACCUCUCCACGUGGGACCCGCUGAUUCGGCAUACUCCCGCAAGAGAGACGAGUGAAGAAGAGGAGGAGGAGGACGAAGAAGAAGUAUCGGCCGAGGAAGAAGAUCAGGAAUCGGAUCCCGAUUACCAGGGAUCGGAGGACGCCGAGUCGGAAGAGGCCAGUUCAGGGCAAGUGGAAUCAGAGAAAGAAGAAGGUGGAGCGGGGGAGUCGAGUGGUCUUGACGAGCUGAGCCGGGAAGAAAGAGAGGCAGUGGCGCAGAGGAGACGGGCAGCAGCGGAAGAAAAGCGGCCGAUCGAAGAAUCAAAAGGUCUGCCACAAUUGCUGCAGGACGAUCCGACGCGCAAUCCAGAACCGCCACAGGAGGAGGACGAACGAGAUGCAAACGCCACCACGGAGGGAUCAAGAAGCCGACGCCACCAAUCACCCUCCCAAUCCUCCCCAGUUUAACCCGCAACCCUUCGUUUACGUCGAGAUGCGGGCGCACGGGCUUCG